AGUGGUUUCCCACUUCGUCCGCCCGAAAUAGAAUCAGAUGGGGCCACAAUGCAAUUCGGGAAUCGGCGACCCGGCGAUGCUGCCACAGAUACCAUACAUAUAUUGAUUCAGAUCUAGGUCCACGGAUGUCUUAAUUGACCUUCCGACUAUCUCGGACCUCCACCAACUCCUCCCAUCAUGCCAGCUGAACACAUUCGUGUAGCAGUCGUCGGCUUAGGUGUUGCGGGUCUGGCCGCAACGAAGAAUCUCCUUGAAGCCGGUCUACAGGUAACAGCUUUUGAGCGUAACGAGUAUGUUGGAGGUUUGUGGAAAUUCAACGACAGCCCGGAUCAGCUUUCAGUCCUCAAGUCUACGCACCCCAAUGGCUCCAAGCAUUUCCUUGCCUACUCUGAUUUUCCAUUACCUGCUGAUACUCCGACGUAUCCGUCUGCGAGCGUCAUCCACGAGUGGUUGAAUGAUUAUGCGAAAUACUUUGACCUUGCCGAUCACUUCCGCCUUGGGACCACGAUCUCAAGGAUAGAUCAGGUCGACCACAAAUUUGAACUCCACUGGUCAAAAGGAACAGAGGAGCACCGGGAGCGAUUCGAUCGGGUCUUGAUCACUACUGGUCCGUUUCAAAGACCUCGCUGGCCUUCAAUCGAUGGUUUGGACAGUUCACAUCCGAAAGUGCUUCACGGUCACGCAUAUAAGACGCCUGAGCCGUUUCGAGGGAAGAGUGUCGUGGUUCUCGGUAGCGGUAAUUCAGCGUGUGACAUCUGCACCGAGUUGAUCGGUGUCGCCGGAAAGGUAUACGUAUCGGUGCGGUCGGGUAAUCGUAUUUUCAAGGUCACAGAGCCUCCAAUCGACCGCAUAUUCACCCGACGUCUAUUCUACAAAGGAGGUUCAGUCGAGAACACCGAAUACGAAUCUCAAGCCCGAGCCACUGCAGCGGCAGGCAUGGACGCAGCAUUCAAGAAACACUGGCCAGAUUACGAUCUGGAAAGUCUUCGCAUGCUCCCUGCUCCGUCAAAUGUUCACUCGAUUCCUGGCCUCAACCCUCACUUCAUUCCCGCCCUUGCAAGUGGCGAGAUUACGCCAAUUGCUGGGGUCAAGUCCAUCGUUCCCGGAAAGAUUAUCACCGCGGAGGACGUAGAGAUAUCCUGUGAUUAUGUUAUCUGUGCCACAGGAGGAACAUUCGACUAUUCCAUCCUGUCACCGUCGAUCGAUCCAACCAAUUCAAAGACCUCGGCUUGGGACGAAUGUCCGCGUGCAGAGGGUCUGAAGAUACCUCGUUUGUAUCAAGGCAUUUUUCACCCAGACGUUCCGGGAUUGGCUUUCAUUGGUCCGUACGAGUCACCGAGUCUUGCAAAUCCGGCCGAUUAUGAUCUCAUGUCGAGCGCAAUCGCACAGAUUUGGGCUGAGAACCAUUCACUCCCUUCAAAGGACGACAUGGCGGCCUGGUGUGACAAGUGCUACGAAUAUCAGUUGAAGCUCGUGGCAGAGCACAAACUGCCCCGGCCCAGACUCUGGAAGUCUGAGCUGGAGAGAUGGCUCAAUAACGCUGCUGGGAAUGGCAUGAACGAAGCCUUUGCGAAUCCCGACUCCGCAUUACACCAAACAGAUCCGGAGCUGUGGGACCUGUGUAUGGAUGGAGUUCCGAAUCCGUACGUCUAUCGCCUGUUACCGGGAAGAGAAGGGGCUAGGAAGGCGUGGCCUGGAGCGAGGGACGCUAUUUUUUGGGCCAACGGGCAAGGAACCCCUCCAGUCAUAUGAUCAGAUGCGAGUACUGGCCAGGUUUCAGUCGGUCAGCAACGCAUUUCAGGGAAGCGUUCAAGGCUAGCUAGCUCCUUUGUAGUCACCAGCGCGUAUUGUCAUCUCCUGAAAUGAGCAAGGGUAA